AGCUGGCUUCGAGUAUGCAACCUGGUCUUCGACAGUUACUAUAAUUUUUCAGCUGAAAAAACAUUUUGCGGGCUCGCCACUAACCCAAACAAGAUGUUUCUCACGAAAAGUGCCAUGACAGAGCUGAAAAAAAAAUGUCCUUUAAUCAACUUAGAUUCCGCUUCAGUAAGCGACAAGGACGAAUGUUCCACGUUUCCACAGUCCCUAAGAGCAUCGGUGAAGCUGCAGUCCAGUAUUCAUGAGGCGAGACGGAUGUAUAGUCCGAAGCCUGUGGCUCAUUUGUGA